UGACCCCUAGGGAUCCCGAUGAGACUAAGCGGCGCCAGCUCGCCCUGCCAGGGCCGCGUGGAGGUCUUCCUGGAGGGCCAGUGGCACCCAGUGGACAGCCGGAGCUGGGGCUGGAGCCCGGGCCGCCCGGGGCUCCCCAGCGUGGCCUCCCCACUCUGCCGGCAUCUGGGCUGCAGGGAAGCCUUGCUCCUUGCCCCCAUCCCUCACUUCAGCAGCCUCCCCAGAGCCCGGAACCACAUCACCUGCCACGGAAGGCUGGGCUCCUUCUCCCACUGCAACGCCAGCGAUGCCCACCAGGGGGAGCCCCUGAGCCUGAUCUGCGUAGAGCCACUGAAGACGGCCACUCCUCCCACAAGGCCUCUGCCCACAACCACCCCCGAGCCCACAGCUCCUCCCCGGCUGCACCUGGUGCCGGGGCGCGGGGGCCUGCGCUGCGCGGGCGUGGUGGAGUUCUACAGCGGCCGCCUGGGCGGGACCGUGGCCUACGAGGACCAGGACGGCACCGAGGCCCUGGGGGACCGCAUCUGCCAGGCCCUCCAGUGCGGCUCCUUCCUGAAGCACCUGCCGGAGCCCGAGGCAGCCGAGGCAGCCGGGACCCCCGCCCCAGAGGCGCGCAGGCCCUUGCCCAUCCGAUGGAAGGCCCAGAACGCCAGCUGUGCCUCCCUGGAGCAGUGCUUCCGAAGAGCCCAGCCCUGGGAGGCCGGCCGAGCCCUCGCCCUCGUCUGCUCUGAUUUCCAGCCCCAGGUGCAGAGCCGCCUGGUGGGGGGCCGCGGCGUGUGCGAGGGCUCCGUGGAGGUGCGCCAGGGCCAGGGCCGGCAGUGGGAAGCCCUGUGCCACAGCCCCUCGGCCAGGGGCGCGGCGCGGUGGGCGGAGGUGUGCCGGGAGCAGCAGUGCGGGCCCGUCAGCUCCUACCGCGUGCUGGAGGCCGGCGAGAAGGCCUCGCGGGGGCUCGUCUGCCCCGGGGAGCGGCUGUCCCAGUGCCACCAGCUCCAGGAGCGGAGAGCCCACUGCAAGCGGGUGUUCGUCACGUGCCAGGACCCCAACCCGGCGGGCCUGGGCACCGGCACGGUGAUGAGCAUCGUCCUGGCCCUGGUGCUGCUGGCUGUGCUGCUGGUCACGUGCGGGCCCCUCGCCUACAAGAAGCUGAAGAAAUGCCGACAGAAGAAGCAGCGCCAGUGGAUUGGCCCGACAGGGCUGAACCAGAGCAUGUCCUUCCACCGCGAUCCCGGGACCACUGUCCGCCGGUCGCAGGUGGAGAACCCCGCCGCCUCGCACCUGGAGAACGAGUACAGCCAGCCUCCCAGGAGCUCCCAGCUCUCCGCGUACCCAGCUCUGGAGGGCGCCCUGCAUCGCGUGUCCGCCCAGCCCGAUAACUCCUCCGACAGCGACUACGACCUGCACGGGGCUCAGCGGCUGUGAGAGACCCAGGAACGGAGCGAACAUCGGGAGCCAGCCCGGGUCCGAGAAUGCCCUGCCCUGCCUCUGCCGCUUGAAACACGUCUGACUCCUCCCCGCGGCCAUGGAAGAGGCCGGCCUCCCCCACCCAGCCUGCCUGCCCCGCAGAGCCGCCCGGGGAGCCUGCAGGACCGCUGGCAGCCUGGCAGCUGAGGGCAGAGCCCGCCAACAAGCAGCCCCCCGAGUAGAGACGGGGGGGGGGGGGAGGCCCUGGGAACCUCACCUGGCCUGUGGGAAGCUCCUCACAUGGGCCCCGCGAGGACUGACGGAAGCACACACAGGGCCGGCAUGGGAGCCGAGGUCUGUGUAUUUAACAUGCUCUUUGUAA